GUCCAUAGCUUUGGCUAAGAAGUGGUGCAGUCGUUCAGAGUGGGUCCGUUUGGAUACAGCCCCGUUCUCCUCUCUGACUCGGGACUGCGGGGCUCUCCUUGGUCUGGGUCUGGCCCAGUACUGGAAGCCCGGCGGCUGGUCCCUGCCGUGGGCUCCGAGAGCUCUGUCUUUGGCAAUUUCAUCCAUGGGUCUUUACCACGUCAACCGCCUGCCGCUGCCCAUCAGGCCUCAGGGCCUCUUCUACMCCCUGUUCUUCGUCAAGUUUGUCCUCGUGCCUCAGAUCGUCAUGGUGCUGGUUCCAGGACUGGUUCACUUCUUCACAGGCAAAAAGAAAACAGACUGAACAUGAAGAUGUAUCUUCAAAAUCUCUCGCUAUCUGUUGUAUUUCAAGGAUACUUCUGUGAGUUUUAUCGGUUUAUGGAUUUAAAGUUACUUGACAUUGUUUUUUAUUUGAUGUUUUUAUUUUUUUGUAUUUGGGUCUUAAUUGUUAGGAUUCUGAUAUAACUAUCAGCUUGUAACUAAAUAUUGUGGUUCUUCAAAAAUAUAUACUUUCAGGACAAACAUUUACGGUACCCUACAAAUUUGUUUAAAUCUUUAGAUUUUACCUGCUAAGUGUCCCAGCAUUGCUUUAAAAGUGAGUGCUAAAUUUAUGUAUCAUUGUUGAUAUUCUGACAAUACUGUGAUGUUUAAAGACCAAAACUAAAAUAUAUAUAUAUAAAAAUACCAUUACUAUGUAAUGCACAGAUCAGUAAAAUAAAUAAAUGACAUGCAGGGUGUGUUCGGUUAAUAACCAUUUAUAAAUAUGUUCUUUUUUUUCCUCAAUACAUAGUUUUGGACUGUACAGAUUACAAUCAGUUAUCAUGAGAUAAAAACACAUUCUUUUUUAUUGUUUUAAUGAAACGUUUUAUCACAGCGAUCUGAAAGCUCACAUUUACAGACAAGAGAACUCUGCUCAGCAAGCAAAUACGUUAAAAUAAAAACCAAAAGAAAAAGAAAACAAAAGUAACCCUUUUUUUUCUUUUGCCCGGUGAGUUUGAAAGGAAGAUAAGGAAGGACAGAUCCGGUAAAAGUCUCCUUAUCUUAAUCCCGACACGUCUCACGCACACACGCACACACCAGAGACACGGCUGUACAUGUUUCUGCUUGAGGAGAGAAUAGAACAUGCAUCAGACUAUUUACAGCAAACUAAUAUACACAUACAGCAGGAAACCAUACACUCUCAAGAUACGCACUUUGCCAAAAGUCCUGUUUAAAUUAAAUUUGAUACAGUUUAUGCCUUCCUUUUUUUUUUUUUUUUUUUUGUUAAGUACAGCCUCUCUCUGGUAGCGGGUGAAAGCAGGAGAAAACUGGGAGGAAGUGUCCAAAGAUUUUCUUCAUCAGACAUCCAAAAUAAAACUGUUACAGACAAAAUAAGAGUCUAUAACCGCUCCUACAUUUACAAAUAACUUAGAUUAUUCUCAUUAUUUCACAUCACUAUGACACAAACUCCAAAUAUGGAGUUUUUGGAUACUAUAAUACCAGCCUUUGUMGUUUAUUAUUACUAUUAUUAUUAUUAUAACUUCAAUUCUGACAACGUUGGGAUGUGGUGUAAAAAAAUGUAAAUAAAAGCAAAAAGCAACAAUUUACUAAUGCUAUUUCAUUCAAAAUAGAACACUUAACAAAUUGAAAUGAUACCAUAAAAGAUAAAAGAAUUUUGAAUUUACUGGCAGCAACAUGUUGCAAAAAAACCCUGUAAAACAUUAUAAAAUAGGAAGUGGCGUUUGAUAACUCAUUAGCUUAAGAGCAUUUUAGAAAAAGGGAUGAGCAGAGGUUCAGUAGUCUCUGAGAGGAACAAUCUUUUUAACAUCCCAUAGUUGAAACAUUUGAUACUUGAUAUUGUAAAUAAAAUAUGCGUUUAUGAGAUUAGCACAUCAUUGCAUUCUGCUUUUAUUUGCAUUUAAUGUAGCUUUAUUUUUAAAAAAUGGGGUAGUUUUAUUUUUGUCCUUUUUUU